CUACUCCAACUGCAAGUGCAAGUACAAGCGCCACUCUUGCAUUUGAAAAUAUCCCAAGCAAAGUUCAGUGCUCCACACAAUAAAAAUAACUUCAAAGAUGACAAAACAGGCUCUCUUCUCCCUGUCAAUUUUACUUGUAUUUCUCUUCCAUUGCAUCACAACUUUAGGCCAGCCCGCCGCAGCUCCAGCCCAGCCAGCAAAUGCUCCAGUUCAGCCUGCAAAUGCUCCAAUCCAGCCAGCCACUCCACCAGUAGUUCAGCCUGCCAAGGCCCCAGCCCCAGUCCAGUCUGCCAAGGUCCUCCCCACAAAGAAAGGUGUCCCAGAUGUCACCAAAAUCCUUGGUAAGGCUGGUGGGUUCUCAGUCUUUAUCCGCCUCUUAAAGAGUACCGGAGUUUCUGACCAAUUAUACGGCCAGCUCAACAAUUCAAAGAAUGGGUUUACCAUCUUUGCUCCUACUGAUGUUGCAUUUUCGAGCCUCAAAGCGGGCACUAUAAACUCUUUGUCUGACCUACAAAAGACCCAACUAGUACAAUUUCACAUAUUAAACACAGUUGUUACUCUCUCAAAUUUCCAAACUUUGAGCAAUCCGGUGCCCACAGAGGCCGGAGAUGCCGGUGAGUUCCCACUAACAGUGACCACUGCUGGCAACCAAGUGAACAUCUCUUCUGUUCUUGUUAAUACCACGUUGGGUGGAACUGUGUAUUCGGAUAACCAGCUUGAUAUUUAUCAAGUGGAUCAAGUGCUUCUUCCUCUUGACAUUUUUAAUCCUAAGCCUAAGCAUACGGUAAAGGCACCAGCCUCGGCCCCAAUAUUGUCAAAGCCUAAGUCUUUGGACAAUGAUAAUGAUGCAGAUGCAGAUGUAGACACUCCGUCUGUUGCUGCAAAAGUGGAUGCGUCUGGAGCACUGAGUCUCAAGAGGCAUGGAAAUGGAAUAUUGAUGUCCAUUGGAGUUGCUCUUGUUGCAUUCAUUGUCACUAGGGGACUUUGGUGGUGUUAAUUUACUUGUUUGAUAUUCUUAAGUGGGUUCCAGUUGUCUCGUGCAGUAUGACUUUGCUGAGUUGGGGUGAGCGAUCGUAAUCUACACCGACUGCUUUCAAAUAAUUGCCAUCUUUCCCUGUCUGAUAUGUAUAAUGCCAAUUUGUGAUGAGAACUAUUGAUGUUAAGGGUUUAUUUUAAUUUUUAA